CCUGUCGAACGAACGAAAAGUACGAAACCAACGAAGCGGACGCAGGCGCAUAUAGUCACAACGACAUCUAAUUGCUCGCAUUACUGAAGGAGCACAAAUGUUACGGCUAUUGAUCUGGCCAGCCACAUGCGGCACCCAUCUGAGUUCUACAGACUGAGGUUGAACAAAAACACGUGGAGCUUGCGAAAGGCAGAUUAUGGACAUUUCAAUUGUAUGCAAUAUGUAGAUAUUCUAUGUAGGCCAUGGACCAAGAUCCAGGAAUUGCGUCUCUGCAUCGGCUCUACUCCGUUUGGAGCAGGUUCGUAGCCGGCACCACGUACAGGUUGCAGAAUCCGUCUUCGCCGACCUCAUCCCAGCAAUUAUGUCCGGGGGAAGCGGGUGGUAACGCUGACCUGCCACAGCGAAGUUCAUCCCAGCAAUUAUGUCCGGGGGAAGCGGUUGGUAACGCUGGCCUGCCACAGCGAAGUUCAUCCCAGCAAUUAUGUCCGGGGGAAGCGGGUGGUAACGCUGGCCUGCCACAGCGGAGUUCAUCCCAGCAAUUAUGUCCGGGGGAAGCGGGUGGUAACGCUGACCUGCCACAGCGGAGUUCAUCCCAGCAAUUAUGUCCGGGGGAAGCGGUUGGUAACGCUGACCUGCCACAGCGAAGUUCAUCCCAGCAAUUAUGUCCGGGGGAAGCGGUUGGUAACGCUGACCUGCCACAGCGAAGUUCAUCCCAGCAAUUAUGUCCGGGGGAAGCGGUUGGUAACGCUGGCCUGCCACAGCGAAGUUCAUCCCAGCAAUUAUGUCCGGGGGAAGCGGUUGGUAACGCUGGCCUGCCACAGCGAAGUUCAUCCCAGCAAUUAUGUCCGGGGGAAGCGGUUGGUAACGCUGACCUGCCACAGCGAAGAGAGUUUUACAUCUGGUAGGGCAUGGUUAACUGCCAGAUGGACACGAGUGUGAAGAAGAAAGGAAAGAGAAGUUCAAGACAA